AUGAUAAAAUUGAUCACUUAACUCCACCUAAUGACACAAACCUCCCAAUCCCCAUACCACAGCCACCUCACACAUUCUAAUUCAAUCUUCUCCUAAUUUCCAAAACCAAAUUUGUAACAUCUCAAAAGGGCCAAAAAUGAGAAGCAACAAGCCAUUUUCCUCGGAAAUUACAAGAAGCUAGCCAUUUCUCCUCAUCAGAAAAACUAAGACCCACCACUUGCAGCUUCACAGGGAAAAAGUCCAGCAAUAGCAAAGUUGCAAUAGCAAAAAAGAAAAAGAGAAAAAGGUGGGAGAGACUUGAGAUUCAGAGGCUUUUGUGUUUGAAGGCCACACAACAAAUCCCCAAUUUAACAAACAAAAACAGAGAGUAAAAGAGAGUCUCCUCAAUUUCUCAAAUCCAAUCCCAAACCCCCAUUUCACCAAUCUUCAUAAAGCUCCAAACUUUGAGUUUCAAAUCCAAUUUUAGCUCAUACCCAACUCCUGUUUCUCCUCUAAAUCCACUAAAGGUUGCUCCUUUUUUCAAUUGGGGUUUCAAAUUCAAAGCACCCGAUUCACAUUAGAUCACAAUCCUCAAAACCCAGUUCGGAUCAGCGACAUGUCGUGCUCCUCUUCAUCGGGGUCGGAGGAGGACGAUGAGGGUAUCGACUCUUACAGAAAAGGAGGGUACCACGCCGUCAGGAUCGGCGAUCAGUUCGCCGGCGGCCGAUAUGUUGCUCAGAGAAAACUGGGUUGGGGUCAGUUCUCCACCGUCUGGCUCGCAUACGACACCACCAACUCUACGUACGUUGCUCUUAAGAUUCAAAAAAGUGCAGCUCAAUUUGCUCAAGCUGCUCUCCAUGAGAUUCAAAUUCUUACGGCUAUUGCGGAAGGUGACUCCUCGAAUUCAAAGUGUGUUGUACGACUGAUUGACCAUUUUAAGCAUGCAGGCCCAAAUGGGCAGCAUUUAUGCAUGGUCCUUGAGUUCCUUGGUGAUAGCUUACUUCGGCUGAUCAAGUACAACCGGUAUAAAGGUCUUAAGUUGAAUAAUGUUAGGGAGAUCUGCAAAUGUAUAUUGAUGGGUCUGGAUUAUUUGCAUAGAGAACUUGGUAUAAUCCACACUGACUUAAAACCAGAAAAUAUUCUUCUCUUUAACACCAUUGAUCCCACCAAAGAUCCCGUCAGGUCUAAAUUCACCCCAAUUCUUGAAAGGCCUGAAGGAAACCUGAAUGGUGGAGUCACCAUGAGCCUAAUUGAGAAAAAACUCAAAAGGAGGGCAAGGAGAGCAGUUGCUAAGAUUUCCUUGAGAAGGGAAUCUAUGGGAGGAGGUGAAGCUCCCAAGUCUGAAAGAAACAUGGAUGGGGUUGAUGUAAGGUGCAAGGUUGUCGAUUUUGGGAAUGCAUGUUGGGCUGACAAGCAGCUUGCAGAAGAGAUACAAACGAGGCAGUAUAGAGCUCCUGAGGUUAUUCUCCGAUCUGGUUAUACCUACUCAGUGGAUAUGUGGUCAUUCGCUUGCACAGCCUUUGAGCUUGCGACAGGUGACAUGUUGUUUGCUCCGAAGAUGGGACAAGGCUUUAGUGAGGAUGAGGAUCACCUUGCUUUGAUGAUGGAGGUCCUUGGAAAGAUGCCUCGAAAGGUAGCCAUUGGAGGAGCUCGUUCCAAGGAUUAUUUCGACAGACAUGGCGAUCUAAAGAGAAUUCGGAGGCUGAAAUUUUGGCCACUUCAUAAAUUACUGAUCGAUAGAUACAACUUUUCCGAGACUGAUGCUCGGGAGUUUGCGGAGUUCCUCUGUCCCAUUUUCGACUUUGCACCAGAGAAGCGGCCAACCGCUCAGCAGUGCCUUCAACAUCCGUGGCUCAAUUGCAUUACUACGACUCAGGGCUAGGUGAAAAACACAUGAAAUGUGGAAAAGGUAAAUGUUGGGAUGAGCAACCUACAGAAUGAGGUUGGCAAGUGAAGAAGGGAAUGAAGGAGAGGAGGUUACAUCUACCACACUGUUUUGACGCCGCCACCUCAACCGCCCCGUUUGACCAUUGAUUUUGUGGUUUAAUUUUGUUUGUACGAUUCUAAUAAGAUUCUUGAUUAUUUUUUUUAUUAACUAUAACUAUAAGAGAUGUAAAUUAGUAAUGAUUUUUGUGAGCAAAAUGACGUCAUAAUUCAGAUAGAGAAUUUGACUGUCAUAAAAUGUAUGCCCUGGUGGCUUGUAAACUAUAGCUGACCAGAAAACAGUACCCAUCUGUGUUAUCCACAUUUUUUUAUACUGAUAUUGAUUGAAUGACUUUAUUUGUUC